UGAGUUUUAACUGACUUCAAAACCAGGUAUGAAGCGGAAAGCUUCCGAAGAAGUAGCCUCCCCCGACUCGCAGCAACAAAGCAAGAAGGCCCGCACAGACUCUCCAGAGAGAGGGCCGAAGGAAGAAGAUGAAGACAACGAUAAGAAUGCCCUCCGAAUCGUUCCUUUCCCCGAAAAGCCGGCGGUACUAGAAGAACGCCACGGAGAUAUCGAGUUUCGAGUCGUCAACAAUGAUGGAUCGCAUGAUAGUUUUGUUGUGCUCACCGGACUCAAGUGCAUCUUCCAGAAGCAACUACCGAAGAUGCCCAAAGACUACAUCGCGCGCCUGGUAUAUGACCGAUCGCACCUUUCCAUGGCGAUUGUCAAGCAUCCGCUGGAGGUAGUGGGCGGGAUCACUUAUCGGCCAUUCAACGGUCGCCGAUUCGCGGAGAUCGUCUUCUGCGCCAUCUCUUCAGACCAGCAGGUCAAAGGAUAUGGAGCACAUCUCAUGUCCCAUCUGAAGGACUACGUGAAAGCAACGUCGCCCAUCAUGCAUUUCUUGACCUACGCCGAUAACUACGCCAUUGGAUAUUUCAAGAAACAAGGGUUCACCAAAGAAAUCACUCUGGACAAGUCUAUCUGGAUGGGUUACAUCAAGGACUACGAGGGAGGUACAAUCAUGCAGUGUACGAUGCUUCCCAAGAUUCGGUACCUCGAAGCUGGCCGCAUGCUUCUCAAGCAAAAGGAGGCUGUCCACGCCAAGAUUCGCGCGUUCAGUAGAUCACAUAUCAUCCAUCCACCUCUCAAGGAGUGGAAGAAUGGCCCUUGUAAGGUCGAUCCGCUAACCAUUCCGGCGAUCAAAGAAUCUGGGUGGUCUCCCGACAUGGAUGAGCUAGCUCGGCAGCCACGCCACGGGCCGAAUUACAACCAACUCCUACAUCUCCUGAAUGAUAUGCAGAAUCACAGCGCUGCCUGGCCGUUUACUCAGCCCGUGAAUCGUGACGAGGUCCCUGACUACUAUGAAGUCAUCCUGGAGCCGAUGGAUCUGUCGACCAUGGAGGAGAAGCACGAGAAAGACAUGUACCCGACGCCGCAGGAGUUCAUCAAGGACGCCAUGCUUAUCUUCGACAACUGCCGGCGAUACAACAACGAAAGCACACCUUAUGCCAAGAGCGCCAACAAGCUCGAAAAAUUCAUGUGGCAGCAGAUCAGAAAUAUCCCCGAGUGGUCGGUAUGUAGCUUCGUCCGAUUUCCUUGUCGCUGCGCUCUUCAUGACCCUGGCUGACUGUCAAACAGCAUCUCGCCGAAGGACACUGAUCCCUUUUCGACCCAGCAUUUUGGAUAGAGGAGUUCCGGCUCGGUGGCGUUUUUGCUGUCUUAUUGCUUGUUGUGUUUU